GGUUUUUUGAUUUUUGCUUUUUCCCUCCUUUUGUUUGAUUUCUUGCUCAAUCGCACUUUCACUUCAACUCUUUUCUCUUUCUCUUUCUUACCAACACACAUUCACUUUGCAGUAAUACGACACGAUGGCGGACAUGCAACACGAGCCCGUGUUUGAAGUGCGGAAGGCCGCACAGCCUGCAACGGCGUUCCCGCGUUUCCAAUCCAAAUCGACUGCGACGACUACAUCCUCUGCCGCCAAGUCACUUGCCGCCGGCACUCGCAAUAAUACCAACCUGUCUGUCUUUAUGAGCGAUGGCGCGAAUGCAGCGGGUGGCGUGGAUGCUGGUUUGUUGCCUGAGCUCGACGACGGCGAAUCGGCGCUUGUUUCAAACGAGAAUCAAACUGUUUCAAACGAAACGGCCUUUUUUUGCAAUCCGCAACCGGCAGCAACCAGUGCGAGCAGCAACAAGGCGUCUGCAACAAUCAUCAGCGCAGCCACGCUCGUUCUGAAGCCGUUCGCGUCGGUGCCGAGUCUGGACUUUGGCGAGGCUCAGCUGGGCGAGGUCCGCUCGGCCACUUUGACCCUGUCAAACCCGUCCGCCGAGCUGGCCAAGCUAACAGUCAAAGAGAUCCCCGUCGACGCUGGAUUUGCGUGGCAGGGUGUUUCUGCGGGCGAUGUCAUCGAGAUUGCUCCAAAGGGCACUGUUACUGCAACGCUCCGCUGGACGCCCGUUCCCGCCAAACCGGCUGCAUCGACGUCAACAACCUCAACCAACGGCAAGACCAACGAACUUGCAUCUGCUCCAAUUAUUCCCAUUCACCAGGUCAUUAAGCUCACCUGGCACAAGGGUCAUAUGGAGCUUCGCGUCACCCUCGAAGGCUCGUACCGCACUGCGAAAAAGCCAAAGGCACUUCGCCCAGCCUCCCAAAAUGCCGCCAACAUGUCACAAAAGCCGUCCUUCCACGCCAACAAGGCCAUGCUGCUCCGCAAAGCUCAUGCGGUCAAGGAGCAAGCCAUGAUGGCAGCAAAGGCAGCCAAAAAGCCGGUUGCUGGCGUGGCCAAGUCCAAGCUCUCGUUUUUGAAAGCGGCCAGUGCCGCACCCCUCAUGCCCUUUGCUGGACGGAGCGCAAGCUACGACACUCACUGGAUGGACAAGCAGGAGCGUGGGUUUGUCAAGUGGCUCAACUUUGUGCUUGCGCCCAACACGGACCUGAACAUUGGCACCGUUCUCACACUCGGCGAGAGUGCGCCAGCUGCAAUGCUCGGCAACAUUACCAGUGUGGCACCUCGCCCUUUCGCUGCCCGUCGAGCGCUGGAUCAGCUCCGCCGUCGUUCUUGCGAGAUUUUCCAAUCGGAGGAGGUCAGCCAUGUCCUUCGCCGCAUGGAGGCAGCUGUCGAUGCCGGGCAGAUUGGCGUUCGAGAGCAUCACCGUCUGCUCCAGGACGUCGGUGCGGCGGACUCGAUUGUUAAUCUGCUCUUCCAGUACAACUUGCCCUGGCUGCGAGUUGCCCUGGAGACUGUCUUUGGUCGCCUGCUCGUGCUGACGGGCGACGUGGCCAACGACAAGAUGCUACUGGCACGAUGCAUCCGGUCUCGAUUGCUGUUUGACGAGGCAAUCGCUCAAGAGUACACCGUGCCCAACGUGCCCAACAGCUUCAAGGACGGAUUUUCUCAAAAGAUGAAUGCCUUUACCGUCAAGCGAUUGCUGGCCGUCGUUUAUUUGCUCGACAAGUCAAAGCAGGCGCGCAUCAUGAAGGACGACCCUUGUCUGUUCCGGUCUACAUUCCAGCUGGCCAGCUCUGCCGACAAGACCGCGCUCAAGGCCAGCGCCGACCUGCUCGAGGCGUUUGCACAUGCGCACCUGACCGGAGCCUUCAACAUUUUGCGCGCACUCUCGCUCAUUGGAUUCACAGUCCAACACAAGCAGACCUACCUGGACGAGUUUGACUUUACGACCACCAACAUUGCUAUCGAUUUGCGCGACGGCCUGCGUUUGGCGCGCUUGACAGAGCGGCUGACAAACGACUUUUCCCUUUCCGCCCAGCUCUCAGCGCCGGCCACCACAAAGCUACACAAGACCACCAACGUUGACCUGUCCUUGAAGAAGCUGGCACAAUCCGGCAUUGCUCUUGACAUUGUUCGCGGGGACGGUGUUCACGCCAACGACAUUGUCGACGGGCAUCGCGAAAAGACACUAGCGCUCUUGUGGAAGAUGAUUUUCCAGUUCCAAGUGGAGCUCAUGAUUGACGAGGGCAAGCUUCGCCAGGAGAUUGCCACGCUCCGCGCCGACCAGCCAAUCGACGAGGACUGCGCGUUGGAUACAGGCCUGUACUUUUCGGCGCCUCGUCUUUCGCUGCUGCUGCAAUGGUGCCAAGCAGUUGCGUCCCAUUACAACGUGGCUGUCAGGAAUUUCACCACCUCGUUCGCUGACGGUCGGGUGCUGUGCUACUUGCUGCACCACUACUAUCCAUCGCUCCUUCCUCGUGAGGCAAUCCGCGAUGUGACCACUGCCUCUGCGCAGCACAAGUUGAAUGACGACGAGGACGAGUCGGAAGAGGACGGCGCGGACGACGAUUCAUGCAUCACCCGCACCGAGCAGGGUGGCUCAAUGUUUGUGACCUUCAAUCCGGAUUUGUUGCAGUAUGCUUCUCGAAGCGAGAAGCGUCGCGUCGACAACGAGAAGCAAAACUUUCAAGUGUUUGAGCAAAAGCUUCACGAGCUGGGCGGGGUCCCGCUGUUGCUCACCUCCAGCGACAUGACUGCAACCAUGCCUCAAGAAAAGGUUGUCAUCACCUUUGUGUCGUAUCUGUGCACGCGUCUGUUGGAGUUUAGCAAUGAGAACCGCGCCGUGUCUGUCAUCCAGUCCGCAUGGCGUCAGCGAAAGCAGCGCGAACAGGCCCGCACGGUCUGCGCCGAGACAUUGGCUGCUCAACGGGCAGAGGCGGCUCGGCUUCAAGCAGAGCAACUCAAUCUUGCACGUAUUCUGCGAGAAGAGGCAGCAGCUCUGGCAGUCAAGCAGACCACUGCCGCCGUGUGCAUUCAAAGUGCUAUUCGGGGCAGGCAGGUGCGCGUCAAACUCGAGGCGCAGCGCCAAGCUGCCGCCCAGAGCGCCGCAAUGCUGGCUGCACAGCAGGCCGCCGAGGCUCGUCGCAUUCGCGUGUUCUGCACUGCGUUUGUGCUCUUUACGGCCGCAACUUCCAUCCAACGUGCAUUCCGCGCUUAUCAAGCCCGUUUGCGGUUGGCUGCAGCCAAGGCCGCGACCGAGCUGCAGAUGCAACGCGAACUGGCCGAACAGAAGCGCUGCAAUGUCCUUUGCACUGGCUACGUGAUCUUUAUGGCUGCGGUCUCGAUUCAACGCGGCUACCGUGCUCAUGUGAAACGCUGCCACGCCAUUGCUGCAGCCGAACUUGCCGCAGCUCAACAGCUUUUAGCGGCCGUCACGCUGCAGCGAUCUUACCGCGCAAUGCAAGGUCGUCGCAAGUUGGCUGCGGCCAUUGACACUGCACGUCGUCAGGUCGCACAGCAAGCUGCUGCUGAAGCCAAGCGAUGCAACAUUUUUGUUCAUGGCUAUGUCAUGUUCAUGGCUGCUACAAAGAUUCAACGGGCAUACCGGUCGUUCAUUGUGCGUCGCGAGGUGAGCAAGAACGCUGCAGCAGAGGCAAAGCGCUGCAGAGUUCUUCUCAAGGGCCACGCCAUGUUUAUGGCCUCUGUUCAAAUCCAACGCGCUUACCGCCAUUGCUGCCAACGCCGACAAAUCGCCGCCCAAGCCAAGCGAAACGCGCGCCUGUGCUAUGCAGCAACACUGUUCAUGGCUACCGUUCGUGCCCAGCGACGCAUGCGCGCUCGGUGGUUGGCUCGCCAAUUGUGCAUGGAGAAGCGACUGGCUCUGUUGGCCCGCGCCGCAAGCCUGUUCAUGGCGACCAUCCGCAUCCAGCGCACCUUCCGAAGCGUGCAACUGGAGCGCCAAGCUGCCAAGGAGGCGCAGCUCUUUGCCAAGCGAUGCCGUGUGCUCACCAACGUUUGCCACAUCCAGCAUUCCAUCAUGUGGACUCAACGUGCCUAUCGUGUCAAGCUCGCUAUGCGCGCCGAGGCAAGGAUGCAGCGUCUCGUUUUCGCGGCCAAGCUCUUCUUUGGAGCGGUCUGCCUACAGCGCCGCUUGCGUGCUCGCCAUGCCGCUCGCAUGACAGCCAAGAUCGCUGCCGCACGCAUUGCCCGCCUUGUUCAUGCUGGCAAGUUGUUCUUGGCCACCGUUCGCGCUCAACGCAUGUUCCGUGCCAUCCUGGCUGCGCGCCAAGCGGCUGCCGAAAUGUUGGCCAUCAAGGCCGAGCACGAUCGCAUCCAACGCCUGCGCUCUGCCGCGCUUUGGUAUCUCUCAGCCAUUCGUGUGCAGCGCGCCUACCGUCAGCAUGCAGCCCGUCGCGCGUUGAUGCGGCAUACACGGGCCAUCACCAAGGUCCAGGCACUGUGGCGUGGUCGGGCGGUGCGCAUUGCGAGCGAGCGUACAAUUUCCCAAAUCCGCCAGCGUCUGAUGCAAGCAACGGCCCAGGUGCAGGACGACAUGCGUCUGGGCAACCGCGCCCGUUCUGCGCUGGAAAUGCUGCUGACGUCCAAAAAGACCUCCAUGACCCUACGCGCGUGCAACAACCUGGAUGUUGUCACUCAGCUGUCCGAAGCCUGCUGCGAGACCAUGGUCCGUGCGGAGGGUGCUGUGCCCAUCCUCCUGUCCCUGAUCAGCUCGUGCAACCGCUCACCCGAGCACAUGGAGAUUCUGACCCACGCCCUCAACAUUUUGCUUCACUUGGUCAUGCUGCCCUCGACGGUGGAGGCCGUGUUUGCCGAGCCCAACUGCGUCAACACGAUUGCCGAGCUGCUGCAAAUGUUCCGUGACAAGGAUGACAUUUUCGUCAAGGCGUGCCAGCUCUUGAUCCACAUGUGCAACAACCCUGCACGCGUCGCUGCUGUGGUCAAGAUGACUACCAUCGUCCAGCGCAUCCGCACCAUUCAGUCGAUCGUGCAGCGCAAAUUCAAGCUCGAGCAGCGCCUCAAGCAGUCCGUGCCCAAGUUGCCAGCAGCCAUCGGCAGCCCCGCCUCUCCCCGAGCCUCUCGUCGCCUGAAGCAGCAGUGCGAGCAGCUUUCCACCGUGAGCUCGAUCGACGCACUCGUUGCCAUGUUUGACGCCGCCACUCCCAAGCCAUAAAAGGCGCGCGCAUGGACGAACAUUGCGUUUGCUUUUGUUGAAAAUGAGUGUCGGACAAUGUUGAUUUUGUUAAGAAGUUUUGAUUGGUUUUUUUUGUUUUGUUUUUGCUUGUUUGCCUUUGUAUUGGUUUGUCUGGUUUGAUGUUGUUCUUGUUCC